CCGAAGGAAGUAGAUGUUAAAAGUGUUGCAUGCGGAAGUUCGACGCUGAGGUAUCGAAGAUGUUAAAAGUAUUUGGCAGGAAAUAUUCGGUGAGACGUUUCAGCCCGAAUUUCUCAAAAAAGAAAAAAGAAAAAAAAAAGAGAGAAAGAAAGUCUCAGUCUCCCGUGCGAGGACUAGUCAUGCAUGCAUGGUCCACGGCUCAAUCUAGCGUCCUUUAAUUUGUGCACCGCCAUAUGCAUCCAUGUCCAUGCACCCAAUUGCAAAUUGCUUUCUUCGCUUGCCGUACGAACCCAACAAUGGCGCCCUCCCCACGAGCGAUUCGUAGCCUGAGCCUCCUCUACUCUCUCCUCCUCCGUAUUGCUGCAGGUGCAGCCAACGCCGGCGCGGACAGUUUGUUGCACACCUACUGCCCGAGCAACGCAAACUACACCCGCGGCGGCGUCUUCCAGGCCAACCUCGACGCCCUCCUCCUCUCCUUCCUCCCCGCCGCCGCGUCCGGGUUCGCCGAGAACGCCACAGGCGCGGCGCCCGACGAGGCGUACGGGCUCGCGCAGUGCCGCGCCGACGUCAGCGCGUCCGACUGCCGCACCUGCCUCGACGCCUCGGCGCAGGACGCGGCGACCAAGUGCCCCGGCCAGAAGACCUCCGUGGUCAUCCGCGACAGCUGCCUCCUGCGCUACUCCAACGCGAGCUUCUCCGGCGCCGCCGACACCUCGCCGGUGGUCCGCCUCUGCAACACGGGGAACGUGACGGCGCAGCCCGAGCUGUUCAGGACGCAGCUGGGCGCGCUGAUGAGCAACCUCACCCGCAUGGCGGCCUACUCGUCCCCGCGCAUGUUCGCGGCCGGCGCGGCGGACACCACGUCCUUCCCCAAGGUCUACGGCAUGGCCCAGUGCACGCGCGACCUCGCCGGCGAUGACUGCAACCUCUGCCUCGCCGGACCCGUCUCGUCCAUCCUGUCCAUCUGCGACGGGAAGCAGGGGGGCCAGAGCAUCUCCCGGAGCUGCUCCAUCCGGUACGAGGUGUACCUUUUCUACAACGCCCAGGCCGCCGAGGCCGCCAUGUCUCCGCCGCCACCAGCAGUAAACGGCAGCGAUCACUCCGGCCCUGCAGCUGGACGCGCCGGCGCCGGAAACGACGACGCCACAGCCAAGAUGGCUCUCUUUGUCUCCAUUCCUGUUGCUGUGGUGCUGUUGGUGCUGUUGACGGUUGCUUUCUACUAUCUCUGUAAGAGGAAGAGCAAGAAACCAUACGAACAUGUGCAGAUAUCCAGCGCCGACAGUGAGGAUGGAUCAUCAGACAUGAGAAGCUCCGAGUCUCUCCUCUACGACCUGAGCACUCUAAGAGCUGCCACUGACAACUUCUCUGAGGAAAAUAAGCUCGGUGAAGGCGGGUUUGGGCCGGUCUACAAAGGCAUUCUGCGGGAUGGGCAGGAGAUGGCGGUGAAGAGGUUGUCCAAGACCUCCCAGCAAGGGCUCGUGGAGAUGAGGAACGAGGUUGUGCUGGUGGCCAAGCUUCAGCACAAGAAUCUGGUGCGCCUGCUCGGCUGCUGCAUCCAGGAGCAGGAGAUGCUCCUCGUCUACGAGUUCCUCCCCAACAGAAGCCUCGACAAGAUUCUAUUCGAUCCUGCGAGGCGGCAGGAGCUUACCUGGGGGCACAGGUUCAGGAUCAUCCAGGGGAUCGGUCGAGGCCUUCUUUACCUCCACGAAGAUUCGAGGCUGACCAUCAUCCACCGUGACCUCAAGGCCAGCAACAUCCUGCUAGACCCCGACAUGAACCCCAAGAUCUCCGACUUCGGCCUCGCUAAGCUCUUCAGCCUGGACGCCAGCGUCGGGAACACCAGCCACAUCGCCGGAACCUACGGCUACAUGGCGCCGGAGUACGCCCUGCACGGCAUCUUCUCAGCAAAAUCGGACGUGUACAGCUACGGCGUCCUUGUACUGGAGAUAAUCGCCGGUCGCCGCAACAAUUUCAGCCAGCAUCCGGGCACUAAUGCCGAAGAUCUUCUGACCACGGUCUGGAGGCACUGGAGCCGUGGGAGCGUGUCGGGGUUGCUCGAUGGCUGCUCGGCGGAAGGACUCCAGCCGACGGAGAUGCUGCGGUGCAUCCACGUGGGGCUGCUCUGCGUCCAGGAAGACGCGCACCUCCGGCCAGCCAUGGCGACGGUCGUCGUCAUGCUCAGCACCCGCUCGAUCACGCUCCCUGUGCCCACGCCACCGGCCUACGUCGUUUCAGGCCGCGCGGGUACCUUCACGACGCGCGAGGCACAGGCUCCGGCGGGACCUGUUCAUGGCCCGUAUGUCAACGAUGCCUCCGUUUCUGGCCUGGAGCCCCGGUGAAUGGACGCUUCUGGGCUACUGGUGGCAUGGUUGUCCAAAUUUUAGCAGAGUGUAGGCUUCAAGAAAAUACUGCAUAUAAUUUCACUAUUACUUUUUAUUUUAAAACAAUAAAUGUAGGUGCUUGUGUUAAGUCGUUUGAUUUUUCAACGGAAACGUUAAUUUUGAGUCAACCGACAACAA